CUACUCUCUCUCUCUCUCUUCCAUGCAAAAGCUGAAGCAAAAGCCAAAGCUCAAUCCCAUCAUCAUCAUUGUGCCAAUAGAGCCAUCCCUGACACAUUUCAUGAUUGCACAUAUCACCACCCUCCUUGUUUCUCUUUCUCUCUCCUCCUAUACAUACACAUCUUUUGUAUGUAUAUAUAUAUCUAGACAUAUAGGUCUUGGUGUUGUCUCUGUAAACUGCCCAGUGAAUUAAACGUCUGAAACAGCAAAGCGAGAUAAAAAGGCAGUGAAAAAACCAAAAAUCAAUUCGAAUCACUCUCAUUUGUCCCUCUGCAACUAUUUCUAGAGAGAGAAAACGGUUUCUAGAGAGAGAAACAGAAAGUGUGUCUCAUGGCGGAAAAAGAUGACGGUUUAGGCUUAACUUUGAGCUUGAAAUGCUCCGAGACUUAUCAUCCGCCACCACCGCCGCCUCCUCCUCCGACGGUAACCGCCGCAUCCACGCGGUUUCCGUUGAAUCUGCUCCCGUCUCCUCCGUUAUCCUUCGUUCAACGUCAUGUUUCCAGUCAUCUGAAUCAUCAGAACCAUCAUCAGAAGCUUUCGUUUGUCAUCAAUCAGCCUGAUCUGAAUCCAGAACCGAGAUCUUACCAGCGCGUAAUCGACGUAAACCGUCCACCGGCGUCAACAUCAACACUAGUGGCGUUAACGGCGGAGCGUGACGAUGACGCAUUCGUUUCGUCACCGAACAGCACAGUGUCAAGCGUAAGCGGAAAGCGAGUCGAGCGAGAGGACAACGAAGCGGAGAGAGAAUCAAGCUCGCACGGUAUCAGCGGCGGAGAAGAUGAAGACGACGGCGGCGACGCGGCAGCGGCGAGGAAGAAACUCCGGUUGUCAAAGGAUCAAGCGGCGGUUCUGGAAGAAACAUUCAAAGAGCACAAUACUCUUAAUCCGAAGCAAAAACUGGCAUUAGCGAAACAGCUGGAUCUGAGGCCAAGGCAGGUGGAAGUUUGGUUUCAAAACAGAAGGGCAAGGACGAAGUUGAAGCAAACGGAGGUCGACUGCGAGUAUCUAAAGCGUUGUUGCGAUACGCUAACCGAAGAAAACCGACGGUUGCAAAAGGAGGUCAAUGAGCUUAGAGCUUUGAAACUGUCUCCACAGUUUUACAUGAACAUGAACCCUCCAACCACCUUGACCAUGUGCCCACAAUGUGAGCGUGUAGCCGUGUCAUCGUCUUCUGCGGCCGCCACAUCUUCCACCGUUGGUUCAACUGGCCUUCCCAAACCACUAUCGAUGCCGUCCAACCACCAAAAACAGAACAACCUCUUCCUACCCAGAGCCUCCAUCAUCCCCCAUCGGCCGGUUGAUGCGCACCACCCUCGGUGGUAAAUUUACCAAUUUACCCUUGGGAAUAAGGGCAAAAGGGUAAAAACAGAGGACAUGUCAAAUGGGAUGGGGAAUGAUUUUGCUGGAUUAAAGUGAGAUUUGAUGUAGGAAUGAGAGGGGGACAAUGUGGGAAUUGGUUUUCUAUUUGUCUUGGUGUUCUUGUUUUUUUUGGUUUUAAUUUAUUUGGAUUUUGAUGGGUUGCUUUUAGAAUCUAAAGCUUAGUCAUGAAUCAUGAUGCCUAUAUUGUGUCUUCCCCCAUGCUAUUUGGAUGUGGGACCACACAAUUUGAGGAUAACAUGAUUGGUCUGUAUAUAUUUGCUAGUAUUAAAAUAUGUUUGUGUUGUUUAUGCACCUACCCAUCUCAAUCUCA